AACUAAAGUGCGCUCCACGUCGUGAUUGUUUUCGUCUGUAGGUUCCAACAUAAUCGCGGCACGGGUUGCUUGCUGUGCUCAAAUUAGUUAAGUAAUGUGCAUGCACACUUCUACAAACUUUGGCGACCAUUCGACAUCGGGAAGAGGGAAAUUUUUAAAAUAGGCUUUAUUGGGGCAUAGGCCUUAUUUGGUUAGGUUACUAUACAUCGACUUAGCCCCGGACAUCAAAAAGCGGUAAUUAAUACUUAGCAACAAUGCAGUAAUCAACAUGCGCUAGACCAUAAUGCAGUAAUGAACGCAAUUGCUGCAUUUAAUCUUAGUAUCCUCUGGUUUCCACAAGGCCCGAUGCUAAAGCUAAACGCAAUAAUACGCAUUAUUAAUGGACAUACAAAUUUAUGAAACAUAAGAUAAUUAUCUUUGAAAAGCUUAAUUUUUUUCCUAUUUUACUGAUAUAUUUGAAUGGCUAUAAAAUACAUACAACUUCCUCAAAUAUGUUAAAAUGUCUUUCCCGCGUUUAUCUCGAAACCGCCAUUUUGCGAUUACUGCAUUCUUCGUUAUGACGGCAGAACAGCCCUACUACAACAGCAUCAAAUGCGUAUUAAAAACGGAUGCCGAUGUGUUUUUAGACAUCACGGAAAAGUAUUUCAUUUGCGAUAUGUUUAAGAGAUUCAGUCCACUGGCGACUGACUACAUCGUGCGGUGCCAUAAAUCUAGAGUCACAAACAAGUUGGAGCUGUACGUGGCCCACAUUUUGCACAUCCCCACACUGGCUGCGAGGCUCAGUGUCGACGAGUGCCAGGAAGUUGUGCUGCAGCUUGCGAGGGCCAGCUACUUGCAGCACUGGUUCCAGUACAAAGCGGUAGAACCGCUGAUUACACGUCUACAUCCUCAAAAGAGACCUGCUUUCAAGAAACGUGUCUUUGUUGACAAAGACGUCGGUGAAUUAGUGGAGAAAUGGCCAUACGAUGUACCUGGCUCUCCGAUUAGACCUGGCAUUAGUGGACCUCACAUUUUUGAUGAUCGGGAUUUCGUACCAGACAUUAUAGCAGAGCCUCGUUUUGCUUCGGGCGGGCGCUAUACGCUUAUGUCGGGAGGCAUGUGUUUUGGGCUUGCAAGUGCUAAUUAUGAAAGAGAUAAUUAUGAACCAAAUCACGUUUUUGGGAAAAUAAGAACUGAUCUAGACCGGCUGUUCGAUGAGUUCCGCUUUAUUGGAUUCGAUCGCGCACUGCAUGAAUUGAGCCAACGGUUAAUUGCCACCGUUUCCCCAGACAGGCGACGUGACAUUUUUAUGGUUUUGGUUAGUAAAACCGGCGGUCGUACGGAUGCGGUGAAAACAUUUUUGCAGCUCGCCUUACGGCACAGUAACGAGCCCGCGCAUACCCGAGCCGCUGUAAUGCGCAGUCUUGUGAAGCGAGCCGCCGUGUGGCGCCUCCCUGCCGACGUUUGGCAACUACUGCUAGACUACGGACACGGGCUGGGGCUGGACGGAACGACGCCAGAAGCGGCGUGUCACGAAGGACUACAUGCUGUUGUAAUUCGCCAGCUGUUGGCUGGCCAGUGCGAACCAACCAUUUGCGAUGCUUUUUUAAGAGAUUUUUCAACUUUGGCAGAAUAUUCUCUGAAGCCGGAAGAACAGGUGUGCGUUACCACUAAUCUUCAAAAUAUGUUGACAUCGACCGCUGUCGAUGUUGAGCCUGCAGUUGCCGCGCAGCGCCUGAGUCAGAUGUUGGAUGUGCUAAAGGCAUUCCACAUCCGUAUCGAGGCAUCCUCACCUGUCGUGAAAGCUGUGUUGGAUUUAGCUCUCCAGGACAAGGAUGUCGCGCGACCUUUGCUGGAGCGACUUUACAACGCAAAGAUAGCGCGGCGCGAGCUGCUGCGCCUCAGUAUGACGUUCAGGCGAGAUCAAGCAGCGCUAUUGAAUGCGUUGCGCCAUGACCCACUCGCGCUUGAGGUGACACAAGUUGUUGAUAUCCUGUAUGUACGCAACACAAAAUUAGACAGUUUUACUGCAAAGCUAGUUGUGUACUUCGACCAAAAGCAAGAUUUCACAACUCAACUCAAGAAUGCAUUAAAAGAAAAGAUUUUACAGCCACCAGAAGAGACACCACCAAGAGGAUCCACCGUAGUCGGGUUUGAACAACCAAUGAGAACUUUUCCACCACGCAGUAUUCGGCGUGAACCAACAAGCAAUGACAUGUCGGAUCGUUGUCAACCUCCUAUAUUUCCUCACCGACACCUGCCACAAUUCCCGCCACGACACUGGCCACAGUUCCCGCCUCGGUUUCCACCACGGCCACGUAUACCCAUCAUACGCGGUCUAAAAAUAAAAUUGAUUCGACCAUUAGCAAGUCUUAUCUGCCAGGAGUUGGAGUUGGAACAAGAACUAAAAGAGUUAGAUCAAGCGGGUGCCGACUUUGUCAAGUUGGCCGCGGAGCUGAGAGCGUGUGGACAUCGCGCUCGGCCUAUAGUCAGUUUAGCAGAAUGGGGCUGGAGUAGGGCUGGCGUGAAAGCUGUGGCGACGCAAGCGAUGCGCUGUCGUGAAAUAGAAAGAGCUGAGUUUAUCCGCACAUUGGCGGCGGAGCGGCGUACGGUUCGGGUGGCCCUAGCACUCAGUUUGCGCUCCAAAGAAGGACCAGUGCUUGACACCUUCACUUCGUUUGCGAAGCUACGUCCCGCGGCAGCUCUGCGGGCUGGCUUGCAGUAUUUCCGCCGACGAGGCGACACUGCUGAGCUAGGUGUUUGGGAUAUCAUUAAACCGUUGCUAUCCACGGUCGACCUAACACGUCGCGAACGACUCCGUCGUUUACUAGCCAAUACUCAUUGGAUUCCAUCUCCCAUUAAGGCUGAUUAUUGCAUUAAUGUUUACCUUGCCAUCAAUAAGAUCUCUAAGUCGGUUGGUCUAAACAUUCUUCAAGAACUGUCCAGAAUUUUACCAGAAGCCGAUGAGUCAAUCGAUAAAGUAUUGUUAGACAUUUUGGACAGUAGUGAUGGCAAGACGCCGGCUGUUUUUAUACGAUAUUUGAUGCUCUCUGUAAAUGAUGAGGAUCUGGAAAAAAGACUACUUAAGAUAGGAAACCGAUUUUUAGAACAUUUAAAUACUCUACGCCGUGAGGAACAUGGAGAAUUCCAUAGAAGAUUUAAUCAAGUCCUAAUGAGUUUGCUGUAUAACACCGCAUUCUUGGACACGAAGUACGCGUGCUGUUUGAAAGUUUUCGAAACGAUCUUGGAUUGGAUGAAUAGAUUUAUGACGAAAGAAAGAAAUUUCGUAAUUUUGUAAGUCAGAAUCAUCUUUUGGCAUAAAUUGAUACGCAUAAUAAUUGAAAGGUAGAACCAUCAUAUUGCAGAAUGUUCACUGUCAGAAUCGUCUUUUGGCAUAAAUUUCAUAACCAUAAUAAUUAAAAAGUAGAACCAUCAUAUCUCAGAAUGUUCACAGUUAGAAUCGUCUUUUGGCAUACUUUUGAUAUCCAUAAUAAUUGAAAGACUCAUCUAUCACGCAAGCAUGCAGCA